AUGUCCGCUGUGGCAUUACGAAAAGUUCUAUUAGAUGCUAAAAUUAAAAACUUUACCAUUCGUUCAAAUAAGGACGAAACCAAAUUGUAUUUGAACCUCAAACCUGACUACGAAGCUGCAAUACAUGUUCUAAAUGUCAGCGAUGAAAUUGAUUUUCACACCUACUCCCCAAGCGGAUCAAGGCCGCUUAAUAAAUUUAUCAUCAAAGGUCUGGACCUUGACCAUGACCUUGAUUCAAUUACAGAAACCCUCCAAGCCCGCUUACCCGGACUCAAAUCUGUAUGGAGGAUGAAAAAGACCGACGCAGAUGGCUUCAAAAUAGAACUGCCACAUAUCAUAGUCACGACAGACCCUGACACUACCAUUGACAACCUCAAAGCAGUUGUAUGA